AUCUGUUCCGAGCAGAGAGGAGAGCGGCUGGUUCUCCUCGGCGGCUCUGCGCUCUAAUAUGAUUGUAUGAGAAAGACGGGACCGAUAAUAUAGAUAUAUAUUGCAGAUAAGGCAGAAAUAUCCAUUCAGGCGGGCAAAUUAAAUAUUUUUAAGAUUUAUUGCGGACGGAGAGAUAUUUAGCUCCUAACCAUGAGCGGGCUGUCGGUGGUUUUGAUGGCCGUGUUUGCCGUCUCCAUCCUGGCCGAGUCCUCGGUCUAUUUCCGAGAGCAGUUCGAGGAUGGUGAUGCCUGGAAUAGUCGCUGGAUGGAAUCCAAGCACAAGUCAGACUAUGGCAAGUUUGUCCUGACUGCAGGGAAGUUCUAUGGAGAUGCAGAGAUGAACAAAGGUCUGCAGACGAGCCAGGAUGCCCGCUUUUAUGCUUUGUCAGCCCGUUUCGAUGACUUCAGUAACAAAGGCGAGUCUCUAGUCAUCCAGUUCACUGUGAAACACGAGCAGAACAUCGACUGUGGCGGAGGCUACAUCAAACUGUUUCCCUCUCAGCUCAAUCAGGAUGACAUGCAUGGAGACUCUGUCUACAACAUCAUGUUUGGUCCUGAUAUUUGUGGCCCAGGAACAAAGAAAGUUCAUGUGAUCUUCAACUACAAAGGCAAAAACCAUUUGAUUAACAAGGAUAUCAGGUGCAAGGAUGAUGAGUACACCCAUUUGUACACGCUGAUCGUCAACCCAGACAACACGUAUGAGGUGAAGAUCGACAACAAGAAGGUCGAGUCUGGCAACCUGGAGGAUGACUGGGACUUUCUGCCUCCCAAAAAAAUCAAGGACCCCAAUGCCAAAAAGCCAGAGGACUGGGAUGACAGGGAGAAAAUUCCAGACCCGGAUGAUAAGAAGCCUGAGGAUUGGGACAAGCCUGAGAAUAUCCCAGAUCCUGAUGCCAAAAAGCCUGACGACUGGGAUGAUGAGAUGGAUGGAGAGUGGGAGCCCCCCAUGAUUACCAACCCUGACUACAAGGGCGAGUGGAAACCAAGAGAGAUUGAUAACCCUGCAUACAAAGGCAAAUGGGUCCACCCUGAGAUUGACAAUCCAGAAUACACAGCCGACCCAGAGAUCUACAAAUAUGACAGCAUCGGCGUGAUCGGGCUGGACCUGUGGCAGGUGAAAUCUGGGACCAUCUUUGACAACUUCCUUAUCACCAAUGAUCCUAAACUGGCUGAAGAAGUUGGCAACGAAACCUGGGGUAAAACUAAGGAUGGUGAGAGGACGAUGAAGGAAAGCCAAGAGGAAGAGGAGAGGAAGAAGCGAGAGGAGGAGGAUAAGAACAGGAAAGAUGACGCGAAGGACGAUGAGGAGGAAGAGGAUGAGAAGGAUGACGAGGAAGAGGACGAAGAAGACGAGGAGGAAGAGGGCGAGGAACCAGAAGAGGAGGGGGAAGAGGAAGACGAUGAAGGCACAGACUCUCAACUCAAGGAUGAGUUAUAAAACUCAGGAACUGCUCAGUUUGUUGGAUGAUGUUGAAUAGAGACAGAGAUGAAAGACUGUCACCUUUUGGGAAGGGGGAGGGGCUGGGCGGGGAUGGACUUUUUAUUUGUUUACAAAACAAAAGGGAUAGGUCAAUAAGGGCAAUUACUGUUGUUUCCUGUUUCAUUGAGCCACUACUGCUACUAAUAACAUAAUUAUUGUUAUAUAAAUUGGAAUAAUAGAUACAAUCCGCUG